GCUUUCGCGUUCGGCAUAGAGAUCGGGAUAGGUGUUCCCUGGAUCGGGGUUCUGGAAACUAACCGGUGCUAACGGCGGAAACUUUGCAGUGCGCAUUAUGUCGGCCGACGCGGAGAAUAUUCGCGUCGUGGUCCGAUGCCGUCCUCUCAGCGAAAAGGAGCUGGCUGCAGGAUGCCAGGAAAUUGUAACGGUCGACACUGUUCAGGGUACCGUCUUGGUCACCAACCCAAGCGGGGCACACGGAGAUGUACCUCCUAAAAUGUUCACGUUUGACACUGUCUUCGAUGUGAAUUCCAAACAAGUCGAAGUCUACAACCAGGCAGCUAGGCCGAUCGUUGAAAAUGUGCUCGAAGGAUAUAAUGGCACAAUUUUCGCUUACGGACAGACUGGUACUGGAAAGACGUUCACCAUGGUGGGAGAUCGCUCAGUUCCGGAGUUAAAGGGGAUCAUUCCAAACUCAUUUGCUCAUAUCUUUGGCCAUAUCGCUAAAGCUGAGGAUGACAAAAAGUUCCUAGUGAGGGCAUCAUACCUUGAGAUUUACAAUGAAGAAGCCAGAGAUCUUUUGGCAAAGGACCAAAAUGCAAGACUCGAAGUUAAGGAAAGGCCAGACAUUGGUGUAUAUGUCAAGGGACUUUCAAGCUGCGUCGUCAAAACAGCAGAUGAACUGGAUCGAAUCAUGACACUCGGAAACAAAAAUAGGGCUGUGGGUGCAACCAACAUGAAUGCACACAGCUCUCGUUCACACGCCAUGUUUACAAUCACCGUAGAGUGCAGUGAGUGCGGUCUGGACGGUAGGCAGCAUGUCCGUGUUGGCAAGCUUCACCUGGUUGACCUGGCGGGUUCAGAGCGUCAGAGCAAAACAGGCUCUUCUGGUCAGAGGCUACGAGAAGCUUCGAAAAUCAAUUUGUCGCUGUCAACUCUCGGUAAUGUUAUCUCUGCUCUGGUUGAUGGCAAAAGCACACAUGUGCCUUAUCGGAACUCAAAGCUGACCCGCCUGUUGCAAGAUUCACUUGGUGGCAACUCAAAAACCUUAAUGUGCACCAACAUUGGCCCUGCCGACUAUAACUACGAUGAAACAAUUAGCGCUCUUCGUUAUGCCAACCGAGCCAAGAACAUCAAGAACAAGGCCAGAAUCAACGAAGAUCCAAAGGAUGCCCUGCUUCGUCAGUUUCAAAAGGAAAUCGAGGACCUCAGAAAACAACUGCAGAAGGGGGCUGACGAAUCAACACCUGAGGAUGAAAGCAGUGAAGAAGCUAGCUGUGGUGAUGAUAGCACCGAUAAAAAGGACAAGCGGAAACGGAAGAAAGCCAUUUCGGAAGAGAAGAUGCGUGAGAUACAAGCGCAAAUCUUGGCUGACCGAAAAACCUUGUCAGAGAAAAAGGACAUGGCCCAGGAAGAGCGUGAUCGUCUCGCUAGUGAACUCGAGAUAAGAGAACAACAGCUGAAUGCAGCAAGAGAAGAGCAGGAAGGUUUGAUGCAAAAGCUUCAUGCACUCGAAAAGAAGAUCAUCGUUGGAGGUGAGAACCUGCUUCAAAAGGCUGAAGAGCAAGAACGGCUCUUGGAAGAGAGUGCACGAGAACUUGAAGAGAGAAAGCGAAAAGAGGCUGCUCUCAGAGAAGCCCUGGAGCAGAAAGAGGCUGAGCGGCUGGACAUGGAGGAGCGGUAUUCCACUCUGCAAGAGGAGGCAGCGGGCAAGACACGUAAGCUCAAGAAGGUCUGGGCUCUGCUCAUGAGUGCGAAGGCAGAGAUGGCCGACCUACGUCAGGAGCACCAGCGCGAGUCUGAAGGGCUUCUCGAAAACGUGCGCCAGCUCAGCCGGGAACUGCGGCUCAAUAUGCUCCUCAUAGAUGCUUUCAUCCCACCCGAGUAUCAGGAGCUUCUAGAGAGGUGUGUCCAGUGGAACGAAGACAUUGGAGAGUGGCAGCUGAAGUGCAUUGCAUACACGGGAAACAACAUGUGCAAGCAGAGUUCUCCUGAUGUUGGCAAUGUUCAUGAGAAAUCUGAUCUAGACAUCUCUCACGUGUACUUGAGCUACUCACCGGAUGGGCUGCAGAUGCCUGGCCGGCACCGGUCGGGUAGAAAGUCGGCUCGACCGAAGACCUCUCGUCCAAAAUCCUCUCGCAGGGAUCACUGUGGAGUUGCCGUGGGAAGCCUCACCCAAGUUUAGCUCCAAUGGGCACGUCAUUUUUUAUUCCUGCUCGACUCUUGCUUGAGAAAGUGCGGUGUCAUUUUGUAGUUAUUUUGUUUUUGGUGCGUGUUCUACCAGCUGCCAUGCCAGACCAAAAAUACCUGUGCACAUUAGUAGGCUCCAAAUAGAGGCUACUGUGCAACACUUAACACAGAAAGAAAAAGGUACUGCCUGUUUCUUUCUUUGUGUGUGUGUCAUGUCACAUUUCACUGCUUUAGCUUUGACCAAUAAUCAUGCCCAAUGCUUAGCAUAAAUGUGGCUUUUUAUAGCCUUGCAUAUAAGUACAGUAGGCCAAAACUUUAGCUAUUCCAUGCAGCGGUCACUUUUUUGUCUGUCAGCGCCGUAUUACAAAACGAAGUUGCAAGAAAUUACUUCGAGGACAUGUGAUUUUUGGGCAUACACUUGUCCUCACCUUUUUUUGAAACUUAAUCUAGUGGUAUGGCAAAGAUAUGCAGAAAAUAUGCCACUCAUGCAGAAUAGCUAUAGUUUUGGCUGACUGUGCAUGCUAUUUAGUGUCAGAGGCAUAGACAGGAAUACCUGUACUGGUGGCCUAAUCUUUUGAUAGUUUGAUAAUGUGACUAAGAAAAGCCUUGCAUUACACAAUUAAUGUGUACGAGUGAAAAAUAAAAUUUAAAAAAUUUUAUUGCAGCAGCCAACUAUAGAUCCACUGCAUUGGUGGGUCUGUGACUGUAGAAUACUCAUGCUGAGCAGUGAAUAAGGUUGCUGGCUUUAAGGCUAGCCACCAUGGUUGCAUUCCAGUGGAAAGGUGUUGCAGAAUUUUCAUUGGGCUGCAUACUUAGCGCACACGUAAAAUAUUCCCAGUUGGUAAAAAUUAUAGUGCACCCCUCUGAUAUGGUUGCGUGUACUUUACAAUAUUAAAUCCAACUAUUUAAUUUUAUAUAAACCCAGCAUAUUUAUACUGGUAACUAAGUUGAGCAUAGGCAUCCACUGUAACAAGAGCUCUGUAUGGGCUGGGUAGUAAACACGUGAUGACAUGUCAAGCCUGGCACUGCUGUUCUUAAUACACCUCUGGUAUUCUGUUUGUGGUAGUACAUGUUACUCGGUGCACUAAAUAUGAAAAGGAGCGCAAGACUUCAGUGUAACGGAGACCUGCACUGAAAUAACAAAAAAGCUUAGUAGGUGGCACGUUACACAGCAAACGACAGUGUAGGAGGCGUUGACUGCUGUUGCACUUGUGGGUGUUCAACGAUAAGUGCUGUCUUUUAUACUGAUGAAUUGUUCGCAAAUGCCUAAAGCCUUUAGUACCAUUGUCUAUGCUUAGAUUUAAAUGCUACACGCAUAUCAUGCAAUGGCAUUGUCUAGUAGUAGCAUUUAAUUGUCUCGCAUUUUUCAUUUUUCUUAAAGUGAAUGCGUUCAUUACUGAUUGAGAACCAUCUUCUCUGCUUGUACUACAAUCAUGCCAGAUUGAAACCAAAUUAAUAAGUGGAAUGGAACAUUCAUGCUUGAUUACUUGAAUUUUGGAGUAGGAAAUUGUGGUUUAACCUAGCAUUAAAGCUAGUAGUGUCCCCUUUUUUUUUUUUUUCAAAAGACAACUUUCUUGCAAUGCAUUUCGCUCAACCAAUGGUGACGUGGUCUUUUCUACAAACAGCUCAUACAGCCACAGUUUGGUUGCCCUCAUCAUUCUCAGCCUAUGUCUAUGUUCACUACAAGACAAAGGUUUCUCCCAGUGAUCUCCAAUUUACUUUGUCUUGUUCGAGCUGAUUCUAUUUUGUGCCUGCAAAGUUCUUCAAUUUCGUCACCCCACCUAACUACACAGAAAGUGUAAAUGCAACUUGCAUGAUUUAAACAUGUGUAAAUGACAAGUUCCAGCAUGGGAAGCUAGAAAUCUGUCUUCAUUUGAACUACGACAGGUGGUGUCAUCACUAGGGUGAGCAUGAAAUGCCAAGAGUUUUACGAAAAGUGUCUAUCACACCACGUUAACACAUACUGGUUCUAUCUGCGGUAGGACAGAACACUGCUGUUUCGUCACCUCAUAAAAAAAGGUUAUCCACCUGAAAGCAGCAUAAAGCUUCAAAGAAAACCAAUAGGGAUUUCUUGGAAUUUUUAAACAAAAAGAACUGAUUAAAAAAAAACAUGGAUGGUCUAGCUCAUUGCUUUAACUUAACUGACAUGAAACUUGUCUUAGUUAGCAAGGUGGAAGCAAUAGUGAAUGACACGAGCACAGCUUUGUUGACAUUAGUCGUUGGCUGCCUGUGUUUCAACAGCGAAGGCAACGUGUGAUGCUUGCCGAAAGAAGCAUCACACAAUAGAACUUGUUUUGGAGGAACGGCCAAGAAAGGAUGCAUACACCCAGCAAUUAUCCUCCACAGGUAUUCCAACUAAUCUAGGUUGUUGCCCAUAAGACUGGAUGGUAUCCAGAUAGCAGGAAGUAGUCUGUCUGGCCUUGUAACUCUGGUCAGAGAGAGAGAGUGUGUGUGUCAGUGUUUACAAAUAUAUGAAUGCUAUAUUGAGUGAAGAAAUGAUGACAAAUUCUAAAUCCCAGGAAGAGUGGUAAAGGUAGCCUCACUUUGAAGGGUAUUCGUCUAGAAAUAGAAAUCCUUAUUAAUCUUUUUGUAGCUUUACGCUACUGGUUAGGUUGAUGGCAACAUUUAUUUUUCGUGAAACUUACCCAUGUUAUGGAUUGACGUGAAACUGGUUUGCGGUAGCCAGUUUUGUCUUCUCAUGUUGGUGUUUUGUUUUUGGCAUGAUAGUAUGCAUAAUUUUCAAGCCUAAAUAGCUAACUUUACGUGAGAAAGGUAUUCCAGAAGCUCUUGUUUUUGGGAGAGAUGGUGCUGCUCUUUCAUCUCAUUUACUCCUCCCAUUUCACGAAAUGUUUUUUUUUUGUACCUCAGUCAUUUGCAUCAAGUUUAUAUGAGAUUUUCAGUGCAUGACAUCUAUGUAAUCUUCGUGCGUUAUCAUUCUUUUUAUCUACAGCACUUCAUAAAACUGAGAAUCCGUCCUGGGAUUCCACUUUGCAUAUCUUCAAGUAUCACAAUAUAGAGUUUGGUAAAUAAUUUAUUCAACAAAACAGGGCUAAGUGCAAUUAACUGGUUGACUAUUGUAUAUAUUGUGAGAAGCAACAAAAAUACUUCUGUGUUAUGAUGUAAAUUGAGCAUCCUUGAUAUUUAUUUAUAUUUAUGUAUUUAUUGAAGUUUUUACAUACUUUGUGUUCAAUGUGCUUAUGCAUUGUGUGUCGGUGUACUAUUCACGAAUUUUUGUUUGUGCUAGGUGUGAUCAGUUUGGGCAGCGCUAAAAGCAGCCGUUUAGAGACUCAUUUCAGAUAUACCACCACUGGUGAAAUAUGCUGUGGUUGCCAUUUUGGGGAGGGUGGCCAUGGCUGUGAGGUGUUCCACAGUGUUCCACUUGAGUUUUGUAAAUUUGAUAAAUCGUGGUACAUUGUGUUGUCAUUGUCACUUUAACACUAUUUGUAUGCUUAACAGUGAUUCCUGACUGUAUUGAUUAAGCAGCGUAGGUAUUGAUUUAAGCUUAUAGAUUGAUAUAUUGCAUACAGCCAACUCUUUUACUUUAAAGUUGUACUUAUAACACUAAGGUUGAGCAUUGGUUUAGUUGGUGCAGCAUAAUUCAAUGUUUCACAGUACAUGGAAUGAGGACGAACCAAGAAUAUAUAAAAAAAAAAAAACACCUGCUUUCCUUCGCCAAAGAAAUAACAAACUGUUCUCCAUGCUCUUAAUGUGGAUGCAUGCAGUUUUCACAAAUGAACGAAAUGUGCAAGUAUUUUCUUCAUUUGCCAGCUCAUCUUCAAUAUCUGGAAAUCGCCCUGCAUGCGGAUCGUGGCAACUUUUGCUUGAAGAGUGCACUCGAAGAUCCACUUCUACAGCUUUCGCCAAUAGCGAAAGCAAGUCUAUGGCAUGCUGAAAUGAUAGUCUGCCCUUCUGUUGCCAUUUUCUUCCUUAUGAAAAAUAAGUUAACGCUUAAGUUAACACUAUUCUUGUGGCGGACACGACGAGCCUUUGUAACUGCUGCGUCGAUUCUUGGACAAGGUGGCUGACGGAUCGCACUGCGCACAAUGACAGCAUGGGACCUAUUGUGCCUAUUGUAAAUGCUUCCAGCGAGGCAGAAAGCCACAACCAAAUGUGCCACUGUUGUUGUCAGCAACAAAUAAAUGGUGACACCACGUAAUAGCCAUGACGAUGGGCAGCUAUGGUGUAGUUUCUAUCGCCCAUGCUACUUUAAGGCCCAUUUUCUUCUGAAAGAAGGUGUGUGUUGUAAUUGCAUAAAUAUGGUAAGAAAAUUAUAUUCGAGUGAAAAUCGAACCAAGGCAUUUCACGUGGCAAGCAGGUGUUCUAGCACGUAGCCACAGCAACACGUGAAACUGCGUCUUAAAAAAAAGUGCUACAAGAAUUUCAUGUAGCAGGAGGAGUCUCCUUAAUGCAUGUAAUACCGCAUGAACCAUAGAUUGCACCAAGUGUCAAAACAUGCGAAUUGUGUAACGAGUGGAUGGCAUCAAGCUGCCCACCCAUUGCAAAGCGCGCAGCUGCGCUGGUGCAUGUGGCACCUUACAGACCCGUAGUGGGUAUCUCACCGAUUCGUGAAAUGUAGAAUUAUGGUAUGAAGUGGGCACUUUGCAACAAUACUUGCGUUAGGCACUCUGGGACAGUUGGAAACAGCUAAUGCGAAGUGCACAAAUGUUCCUUGCGGCAUGGUUAAAGGCGAUGUGUACAGGGCCCCAAUUGCACUAUCGCAUUCUGCUCUUGAAGGCAAAGCUCAAGUGUCCUCAAAGUUUGAUAUUCUUUUGCUAUUUGGGAAAGAAUUUCAUUUUAGUCUAUAUGCUCUCUGAAAAGGUUCCUCGUCCAGUGAAAUAAAUUGCCGAGAUGUUUUGGUGUGUGCCAAUUGCGACAGCGGUACUUUCAACAAAAAUUCCACUUCAUUUUUGUCCUCUUAUAUAUUUUGUUACGCAGGUUUAUGUACAUUUUGUAUUGUUUUUACUGUAAGCUAUUUAUAUUUCGCAAAUAAAUGUGUGCUUAAAACUGUU